AAGCAUGUCAGAGACAGCAUACUCGACGAGGACAAUGUUUAAAAUGAACAUCUUUUUUGUUUUGUUUUUAUUACAGUAUCAUCUUCUUCAAUCUGUCUCUCCUCGAACCUCCACAGAAUUUUAGGAUGUGGGUUCCUCGGAUGCAGAUCUAAUUCAUCUCUCUGAUACACCCCAAGAGGAGUUCCUGACUUUAUUCUGAGUUUUCUUCCUCUUAUGCAUGCGGUCUACAUUGGAGUUCCAGGCCAAUGAAGCCUCUUGACAAGGAGGGUCACUGCCUACCGCGUCCCCUGGCCAUUUGCAACAUUUCUCUUGCUUGCAUUGAUGGAUUGAUAGCUGCCAUUGCCUUCUCCCAGUUAUUGAGGAUUCACUUAGGGAAUCAACAAGUUGGAUGGACUCGUCAAAAGGUGUUUCUUGUCAUGAUCGGCUCUUCUAAUGCAGGUUACUUGAUUUACUUUUUGUCCAAUGUUAUUGCUAAUUGCAAUGGAUGGUUUUGCUGGCUACAUGCAUGUGGAUUCAUUUUAAUGGCCUUCCCUCAAAUUCUGUUUCUUGGAGCAUUUCUUCUGCUUCUAUCUUUCUGGGUUGAUCUUUGCCAUCAGGCAAUUGAUGAAGAUGAAGAGGACAAAGAUGACCAAGUAUACCAAGUACUGCUGGAAAAGACAAAGAACAGAACAGGCUCUACAUCAGCAGAAAAUUAUAGAAAAUGUUGUUCUUGGCACAUUCAUGUAGGCAGCCGACAAAAAUUUGUGAUAAUGGUCCUUGUGCUUAUUUUGGUUCUGAUGGUCGCAUUUUCUGUACUAAUUUGGGUUGGUAUGGGUAAAAACCCAAUCAAUUCUUCAGUUAUGGCUCGGAUAUAUUCAUAUAUACUAUCCGUAAUAACCCUUCUCGUUGGAGGUGGUCUGGCCUGCUAUGGUCUGCUCAUAUUCUUAAAGAUGAGAAGAGUACGUUCAGAUAAAGUUUCAUCUGAGAUGCGAAAGGUGGCAGGUUUAGCAGCAGCUGCUGUUGUCUGCUUCACUUCAUGCGCUUUAGUAGCUCUUGUUACUGAUAUACCUGUUUUAAAUUCUUGGCAUUCAGAUGAUGCGCAUGGCAUAUACUCUUCGUUUAUUACAACUUUUUAUUAUUUCAUAGGUUCAUCGAUUCCAUCGAUUGUCAUAUUAUGGGUCAUGAGAGAAGCACCACCACGACUCGUUGCCAAUAGGAGCACUCCACCCCGUCCAGUUAUGGUAAUUCGAGAAUCGAGGACUCCAUCUCCCUAUCCUCACCAUUGGCUUGCUGCCACCACGAGCUCACAACCUCAGGGAGUGAACUUUCAAUGGAAACGUGAACAUAGUUCAUAUUCUUGCAGGCCGCAAAAGGUAGCCCAAUAUGACUUAAAACUUAGGCAGGAAUCGUUAACGCUUGGAGGUUAUUUUGCAAACAUAAUGAAGAAAAGACGACCACCACUAUGAUAAAAGCAUUGCCGACACAAUGUUCUCGAACUGGGAAGGUUUAAUGAGGUCACCAGCAAUGCAAAAAGUUGGGACUGCCUGUUCUGAUGGGAGUUAAUAUCCCUGCCUUUAGACAUAGUGGUGUUCUGUUAGGAAUAGAAAUCUGGUCCUGUAGGUCAUGUUUGUAAAUAUACUAAAUUUCUCCUUCAUUUUAUAUUGUCCUUCAGUUCAGUUGCAGUGAAGCUAUUUCCAAAUUCUUAGCCUUGGUUUGACAAUUUUUCGGUGAUUGGCCUCUUGAUAAACAUAAAUCUCCUCAAUGUGGAUAUCAAAAUCGUUUUGAAUUGCGAAAAAGAAAAUCAGAUGAUAAUUUUUAUGUGAAAUGUCGAAUUUUUUGUUGAAGGCCA